AUGAUCAAUCAUAGAGACCGGAUCCAGAUUAAUCAUCGUAAGGGCUGCCGGAAACCCGAUUUUCGCAACCAGAGGAAAACGACCAUGUCAUCAGUAUUGCGUCGCAGAUUUUCGGCCCUCAGUGACCCGAGCUACCUUAAGAGAGCUAGUAAAGUUGUAUGUGUCGGACGUAACUAUGCCGACCACAUUGCAGAGCUAAAUAGUACAAGGCCGAAGUAUCCCCUCUUCUUCCUGAAGCCGCCCUCGACGAUCCUGCUGCCGGGAGAAGGUCCGGUCCUUCGUCCACGAGGCGUUACUCUACAUCAUGAAGUUGAGUUGGCCCUUGUAAUGGGUAAACGAGUAAAGGAUUUAGAUCAAAACGAUACUCAGGGUGCUCUAGAUGCUAUCGGAGGCUACGCUUUGUGCAUCGAUAUGACUGCGCGGAAUGUUCAAAGUGCGGCAAUAGCUAAAGGAUUGCCUUGGACUACUUGCAAGGGCUUUGAUACCUUUCUGCCCACCUCAAGCUUUAUUCCUAAAUCUGCCAUACCGGACCCACAUAAUGUCGAACUAUUCUUGCGAAUCAAUAAUGAGCCCCAGCCGAGACAAUGUGAUAGCACCCGCCUGUUCCUCUUUCAGAUUCCGCAGGUCCUUGCGGCAAUCUCAAGUGUCUUCACGCUCGAGAAGGGUGAUAUUAUCAUUACUGGAACACCAAAAGGAGUUGGUCCGGUCGUACCUGGGGACACUAUGUACGCCGGUAUCAAUAUUAAUGGUGCAGAGCUCGAUUGUGCUAAAAUUAAAGUGCGCGUAGAAGAAUCCACGAGCACCUAUGAGUAUUGCGAGUCGUGA